AAGUAUGUUCCCGCUUCUCCUGGAGUGGAUGCGUAAGAUGAGCUUAUUUCACGACAUCAAACUGAAGCGUCGAAAAGUUGACUCAAGAUGCAGUAGCGACGGUGAAACCAAUCCUGAUCCUGUUAACUCUUCGCCUGACAGUGCAACCACUCUGGAUCCUGUUCUGAAGGAGGGAGAGUUAGGUCAAUUUGCACGAGAGUUCUCCAUAGGAUCAGAAGAAGGAACAGAAACAUCCCCAAAAGUACAAUUCGAAGAUCCUAUCAGGUCUCCCGUUGAACAACCUGACACAAAUAUGCUAGAGGAGCUGGAGUCUAUGAAAGAAUCGCCGACACAAAGUGCACAGUCACCCAAUCAACAAGCGGUUACCUCCGAAAUGGAAAGAGAAAUAUUAAGCAGCGGUUCAAGGUCCACUCAAGAUAAUAACGUCUUUGAUGGUGGAGGGAGAGGUGCGCUGGAAGGAGCUCCAGAAAGUUCAGAAAUUCGAUCUGGAGAGCCCAAAGAGCGAGUCGAAGAACAAGGGUUGGAUCUAAGUACACCAACGAGACAAAGAGGCGGUGUACAAGAACUUCCUCAUUUGAAUCCUUAUUUGUGGGCUCCUUCUAGCGCACAAGCCUACAGACGUCAUUUCACUGCUCAUGAAGAGCGACCUCAGGAGGAGCAACAAGGUUUGUCCUUGUUAAGAGUAGCGUCGCAGUACAAAAUGCCAUUAGUAAUGGGAGACAUUCCUGGCUCUGGUCCUGGUAAAACAAUGAUCUGGACUGGACAAAGUCCAUCUCAGGGUCUACAAACGUCUAAGUCUGAGCACGUUGAUACGACAGGUACUGUGAUAACAGGUGAAACUGCUGUAAAUCGUCGUCACAGUGUGUCUAGUAUGGAAAGAACAGGGAUUUUAGGUUGUCCAGUGUCCACUCGACCCCAACCACUUUCUUUGUACACCUCAACAUCUACAUCUCCAAUAACCUCUAGUGCACCAUCUGUUGGACAAUAUGGGUUUUCUGUAAAAGAAAACUACCCCUCCUCAACCCUCCAGUACGGGACAAAUGUGCAAAGGUUACAAUACCCAGCAACAUCAACUGCUACUUCCAGGGAGGAUGUAAUACCAAAGUUUCGUAGCCGGAGCAGUAGUUUAGUGAGCACCAGUCUUGUACCUUGGUCAGAAAAACUGCCACAACCAGGACCGUCUUCUCCCACCCAAUUACCAGACUCUCAGGCUUUAAAUCUUAGUGUAUCAGGAAAUGGUCGAAAAGGUGAGCUAACUACCAUGGUGGCUGCACCAUCGACAUCUCGUGGUCCUGGAGGCGAGGAGGAGGAAAGAGACCAGCCAAUGGUGUGUAUGAUUUGUGAGGAUAAAGCCACAGGACUCCACUACGGUAUCAUAACCUGCGAAGGAUGUAAAGGAUUUUUUAAGCGCACAGUGCAAAACAAACGAGUUUACACGUGCGUUGCUGAUGGAAAUUGCGAAAUCACUAAAGCCCAAAGAAACAGAUGUCAGUACUGUCGAUUCCAGAAAUGUCUUCGGCAAGGCAUGGUUUUAGCAGCUGUUCGAGAAGACAGAAUGCCAGGUGGAAGAAACUCGGGUGCUGUGUACAAUCUCUAUAAGGUAAAAUACAAAAAGCACAAGAAGGGGCAGAAGAACGGUCAAGUUAAACAAGAGCAACAAAGACCACCAACCCGCUAUCCUCAACAAGAGUGGGCGAAUGGCCAAAUCCUCAAAACAGCUCUCACUAAUCCUGCCGAUGUCAUGCACCUACGUCAUCGCCUUGAAAACUGCGUCACCAGUUCUCGUGACCGUCAAAUGCCAGUCGAACAAGCUCUGAGCAUGAUAACCCAGUUGAUUGAAUGCGAUGACUUCGAAGAUGUUGCGACACUGAGCAACUUACACGAUCUUUUAAGUGUAAAAUCUGAACUUUCUGAAAAGCUCUGCCAAAUAGGAGACAAUAUAGUGUUUAAAUUAGUGCAAUGGACUAAACGGUUGCCAUUUUAUUCGGAACUUCCAGUUACAGUUCACACCCAGCUGUUGACCCACAAGUGGCAUGAACUUCUGGUGCUGACCACGUGUGCUUAUCAAGCCAUCCAUGGACCGGUCAAGGGUUCCGAAACGAGCCUUGAACAGGAUAUAGCUGCUGGUCUUUGUCGUCUUCAGAACUGUCUAGCUGCUAUGAUGGGACGCCCAAUCACGCUUGAGCAGCUACGUUUAGAAGCUGGCCCCCUGGUGGAACAUCUUACCCAGCUGAGCUGCGCAUUCCGACGGAUGAGGUUGUGUGUUGAAGAAUAUGUUUGCCUCAAGGUGAUCAUCAUGUUAAACCAAGAGAAGUACCAAGGUCAACGGGAACUCGAGGUAAUCCAAGAACGUUACUUAGCAACUCUUCGCGAAUUCAUUGAGCAUCGUUUCCCUCAGCAACCCAGUCGAUUUAGUGACCUCCUAGCUCGCCUUCCAGAAGUCCAUGCAGCAGCUGGAUUAUUACUCCAGAGUAAGAUGUUUUACGUUCCAUUUAUACUUAACACUAGCAUCAGUAGAUAACGACUGGUACCUGGAAGUAUGUUUGGUUUUCAAAACUCGCAUACACGUGGGAGCCAUCAUCAAAAGGCGGGAGGACCUCAAAUCAUCGUCGCCACACCUGUAAAGUGUGAAGGGGGAUUCCCCCCGACUAGUCAGCUCCUGGGUUAGCCAGCUACUACAAGACGGAGGCAACAGGAUGCCACAGUGGCCAAGUGUGAAGGGUCAAAGGCAAACCUCUGUCUGGUUCUGUGCAAUAAUUCGUGCGGAUGAGAAAAUUAUGUUCCUGUAAAAGCAGAGCCUAGAGAAACAGCGCAUAAAACAUGACAUAAUAUCGUGUCUAGGCUCACUUUAACAAACAAUAUAUAUAUAUAUAUAUAUUUCCCAGGUUUAAACUGUAUAAUUUCUUUUGUGGAUGUUGCAAAGUUCAUGUUGUGAAGAAUUGCGAACUCUUAGUGUGUAAUAAAGUGACAAUUUUGGCAUGUC